AACGUCAUCAAGGUCCUUCUAGAGGAUGGGAACCAGCCACUACCGUUUCCAAACGCCCGGUAUCCGGGUAAGAUGGCGGCCGUAGAACAGUGCUCGCUCUCAGCUCAAUGGCGCCCGGUUUCCCUCACUCACGUUGAAUACCCUGCAGGAGAUGUCUACGGGCAGCUGUUGGCCUACCUCAGCCUGGGACCAGUCGUUAUCCUCAUCAGUUUUGUGACCCUCAUCAUAUUCAAGAGAGAACUUCACACGAUUUCUUUUCUGGGGGGUCUGGUAAUGAAUGAAGGCGUAAACUGGGUAAUUAAGAACAUAGUAAGAGAGCCGCGUCCAUGUGAAGGAAUGCACACAACAGUCACCACAGAGUAUGGGUUGCCUUCAAGUCAUUCACAGUUCAUGUGGUUCUUCUCUGUUUAUUCAUUCCUCUUCCUAUACUUAAGGAUGCACCAGACAAACAACGCUCGGUUCUUGGACUUGCUGUGGCGCCACGUACUGUCACUUUGUCUCUUGGCGGCAGCAAGUCUAGUCUCAUACAGCCGAGUGUAUCUAAUGUAUCACAGCUGGAGCCAGGUCACGUAUGGAGCUGUGGCAGGAAGUAUCUUGGCUAUCGCUUGGUUUGCCAUCACCCAGGAGAUUCUUACCCCGUUGUUCCCUAGAAUCGCAUCCUGGCCAGUCUCAGAAUUUUUUCUCAUUCGUGACACCAGUCUAAUUCCCAACAUCUUGUGGUUUGAAUACACAGUCACUCGGUCAGAAGCCAGAAGCAGACAACGGAAACUCGGUACAAAGCUGCAGUGAAUCUCAGACCAAGAAACUGACAGGGUUGGGGUAUGACGGCGGUAGGAUCCAUACUAUUCUGGCAGUCCAAAGGAACUGAAGCCAGUGCAGCCCACGGUGCACUGAAGAACAUUUAAAACUGACGGACCAAAAACUGGGAGCGAGAACGAGAGAGGCCUUCUACUUGGUUUACAAUGCCUGUCUUGCCAGCAGCCGCCCUCUGCAUGUCAGGACCGGGGUCGACCAAUGCACGCUUGUCCGCCAGUCCCUCUCCGAGACGGAUUAAUGGGAAUUUGCAAGAGUUAAGAUUGC